AUGUUUCUAAACAAAGAAAGUCUGGACGAGUCUAGGCGGCAACCCGAGAUGAGUCAUACACAGGAAGUUGGGUUUAAAGCUUUACGGAGCGGAGAAUGUCGGGAUUCCUCCUCUAAUCCAAGAUGCUGCUUCCCAUACAGUCACAGCUUCAGAAGCUCAGAGACGGCGUUCAGCACAACGAAAAAAGCCCCGACAGACUGGAGCAGUGGUCUCUGUGACUGCUUUGAGGACAUCAGUACAUGCUGCUAUGGAUUUUGGUGCAGCCCUUGUCUUGCAUGCUCUGUUUCAGGACAAUUUGGAGAGAACUUUUGUCUCCCCUUUUGUGACAUCUUCAGUCCUGCAGUGGCAGUAAUUUGUGACGUCCCUCUGUUUGCUCCUCCUGCAGCCUUGUCCAUGAGAUCUGCCAUGAGAAACAAAUAUGGCAUUAAAGGCUCCCUCUGUAAAGACAUCGCCGUUUCCUGUUUCUGUGUGUGGUGCUCCUGGUGUCAGAUGCACCGUGAGUUAAAACAUUGCAAGAAGACUCCAGUCAUCAUUAAUCUGCACACACAAACUGUUGUCAACAUGCAGCCUGCUCCUGUGAUGUUAGUCCCCGGACGCCCCACUCCAGUUGGGUUUGUGAGCUAG